AACGGACUUCACUGCUGCUGUGUGUCCUGCAUACAGAACGGACUUCACUGCUGCUGUGUGUCCUGCAUACAGAACGGACUUCACUGCUGCUGUGUGUCCUGCAUACAGAACGGACUUCACUGCUGCUGUGUGUCCUGCAUACAGAACGGACUUCACUGCUGCUGUGUGUCCUGCAUACAGAACGGACUUCACUGCUGCUGUGUGUCCUGCAUACAGAACGGACUUCACUGCUGCUGUGUGUCCUGCAUACAGGACGGACUUCACUGCUCUCACGUUGAGCUGGGUGGAACUUGGGGCAGCAGAGCGCAAGGAGCGGCAUGCAAAGAGGCAGCAGAGACAGGCCGCGCAGCUGGCAGCACAGCUAGCAGCAGCGAUGGCAGCAGCAGGGCAGUACGCAGGGGGGUACGGAGAGGGGCUGGCCCUGGGUCGAUCGAGACGGGAGAGGAAGCCUGUCACCUACACCUUCGAUGACUUUGAUCGUUCUAUCAACGAUGCCAUCACACUACCUUUGGAAACCCAGCUCACAACUUUUUUCCUUCCCAUUCCCCCUCCGGUUUUCCUUCCCAUUCCCCCUCCGAUUUCCCUUCCGCUUCCCCCUCCCCUUCUCCUUCCCCCUGCAGAUGAUUUUGAUCGUUCUAUCAACGAUGCCAUCACGCUACCUUCCAAAUCCCGUGAGCUUCCUCCCGAGCACGCCCCCACUCGCGAGGGCCUCCGACAGCUGGCAGGGCGGCGCGUUUUGUCUGCUAGCGGUGAUGCGGUUGGUAGUGGUGUUGGGGGGGACGGAGGGGAGGGUGGUGUGGGAGGAGGGAGGGGAGGAGAGGGGGAGGAGGGAGAGAGAGAAAGGGGAGAAAUCAAAGCAGGAGGAGAAGAAGGGGAAAAGGCAGGAGGAAGAGAAGGGAAAGAAGAAGAGGGAGGAGAAAGAGGAGAAGAGGAGGAUGGUUUGAGAGUAGGGUCAUCUGGGGAAGGUUCAUAUGGGAAUGGAGAGAUGGAAGAGAAGGGAGGCAAGAGCGAUGAUAAGGAUAGUGAUAAUAAUGAUGGUGAUAGUAGUGAUGGUGAUUGGAACGAGAGUGGUGAUAAUACAGGGGAUGGGAGUGAUGGUGAUGAGAAUGGUAGGGCAUGGAAAGAGAGGAGGGAGGAAGGAGGAGAGGAGGGGAGGGGGCGGGGAGAAGGAGGGGAGGAGGGAGAGGAGUAUGAUGAGGGGGAGAAUGGGCGGGAGAGUGGGGGUGAAGGGGGAGAAGAGGAAGGAGAGGGUAGGAAGUUAAGGGUGAAAGGCGAGAGAAGAGAGGGUGGCACGGAGAACAGAGAAGGGAAGGAGGGGAGAGAGGGAAGAGUAGAGGCGAAAAGGAAGGAUGGAGGGGAGCAGAAGUUGAGGAAGAGACGAUUGAGGGAGGGACGGCGAGAGGCGGAUGGGGCAAUGGAUGGGUGCUUGAAGGGAUCGGGUGUUUUUGAGAAUUCUCAAAACCACCCUGCAAUGGAUGGGUGCUUGAAGGGAUCGGGUGUUUUUGAGAAUUCUCAAAAUCACCCUGCAAUGGAUGGGUGCUUGAAGGGAUCGGGAGGGGACGGGAGGAAGCGGCGAAAAGGAGGCUAUGUUGGUGGUUAUAACGAGGAUGGAGUGUUGGAGAAAGUUGAGGGCGAAAAGGGGGGGCAAGAGGAAGGGGAAAAGAAAGGAGCGGAAAAGGAGGGAAAGAAGGUGGAGAGAGACGAAGAGAGGGAAGAAAGGACGGCGGAGGAGGCAGAGGAGGGGGAUGAGGACGAAGGGGAGGGGAAGGAAGAGCAUGGGCUUGAGAAGAAGAAGCAGGAAGAGGAUGGUGGUGGUGAUGAAGAAGCUUAUAACGAGGAUGGUCAAAGAGAGCCGAGGAAGGGUGAAGCGACGGGAGGAGGGAAGGGAGUGAGAGUGGGGACGAGCGUGAGGAGGAAAAUGGAGGAGGGAUUGGAUGGGGGAGUGGAUGGGGGAGUGGAUGGGGGUGGGGAGAGAAGAAGGAAGGAGAAGAGAAGAAAACCUGAAGCUGUAUUGAGGAGGCCAGCCGAUGUGACUGGGUUAGAGGCAGAGGACGGGGAUGGAAGGAGAAGGCUCAGGAGAAAAGGCGGUGGCGUGGUGGCUUUUGAGUCGACUCAAAAGCCAUCCGAUGUGACUGGGUUAGAAGCAGAGGACGGGGAUGGAAGGAGGAGGCUCAGGAGAAAAGGCGGUGGCUUGGUGGGAGGGGAAUUGGGGGGGAAUGAGGGGAUGCAGGAAGGGGGUGGUGGAGUGAGGGCAAGGACGAGGUGGGGAGGGAGGCGGCCUGAUGGUGUGUCGUUUAAAGAGGAGGAGAGUGGGGAGGAGGGUAGUGGGGAGGAGGUAGGAGGGAAGAGUGGGGAAGAGGAAUGGAGCGCAGAGGAGGAGGAGGCAGAGGCAGGGGAGGAGGAAGGGAGUAGGAAGGGAUUGGGAGAGGUGAAGAGGGAUACCCGUGGGAGUUCGCAAAGGAGGGAGGGGAGGGAGGGGAAGGAGGGGAAGGAGAAGAAGGAGAAGAAGGAGGGGAAGGAGGGGAAGGAGGGGAAGGAGGGGAAGCCUGAAGGCGUGCAUGCAGCAACUGGGCGAGGAGGAGCGGAGCGGGACAGGGCUGACAGAGAGAAGCCUGUUUUGGCCUCGAAUAUCCAGCCCUUGCGGCUGCUCAGGCACCGACCGAAGAAAAAGCGGAGCUAUGUUGAUAUCUUGGAGGGGGAAGGGGAGGAGGAGAGGCGGGAGGAAGGGGUUGGGGAAGGAGAGAGGCUAGUAGGAGGAGAGGAAAGAGAGGGGGGGACUGAAAAGAGAGAGGAGGAAAACGGGGUGGAGGACGAGGAGGAGGAUCAAGAGGAGGAAGAGGAGGAAGAGGAGGAGGAGUAUGUGAGGGACACAGAGGAGCGUGCGGAAAGGAGGGGAGGCAGGGAAGCGCAAGGGCGAAAGAAGGAUUGGGGGAGAAGGGAGGAGGAAGGCAGAAGGAGGAAGGAAGACGGAAGGGAGAAGAAGGGUGGGAGUGGGUAG